UGCAACCAGCGUCGCCGACGCGGGCGUCGCGACGUCGCUGCGGUCGUGGAAAUCUCUGAAAUCGCUCCAUUUAUCUAGGAGUCAUCUUCGACGUACCUGAAGUGAAAAGUGCUGGAAAUAGACUUUUCCUCGAAUUCGAGGAUCAUUAAUUAACGGGAUAUAUCGUAAAUAUCGCAAUGAAGUGGUUUCUAGUAGUGAUGGUAAUAGCAGCUGCGGCCAAGCCGAAUCAGGCUACCACGUUCACGGUCACGGAACAGGUGUUCUUAGAUAUCAUGAUCGGUGAUCGACCGGCAGGUCGAUUGGUAAUCGGUCUUUUCGGGGACCUGGCCCCAAAAACUGUGAAGAAUUUCGUCACCCUGGCCACCACCGGCGUUGCUGGGAAAACUUACAUCGGGACCAGGUUUCACAGGGUCGUCAAAAAAUUCAUAAUCCAAGGCGGCGACAUCGAGAAUGGCGAUGGGACCGGGUCGAUCAGCAUUUACGGUAAAUACUUCGAGGACGAGAACCUCGACGCGAAAUUCUCGAGUUCAGGAUUCGUCGGGAUGGCGAAUGCCGGGAAGAAUACAAAUGGUUGCCAGUUCUUCAUAACGACGAUCGCCACUCCCUGGCUCGACGGAGAACACACCAUCUUCGGCAAGGUGGUCGAUGGUGAAGAUCUGAUCUUCAAGAUCGAGCAGGUGAAGACUGACAACGAGGACAGGCCUAUCAGUCCUGUGACGAUCCACAAAAGUGGAGUUUUGCCGCUAAAAAGUUCCUUCACCGUGUCCGAUGAUCCCUAUAACUUAUGGGCGUGGAUUAAAGCAACAUCCAUUCCACUGGGCUUCAGCUUCUCCAUCCUGGCAUUUUUCCACUGGAUGAUGAAGCAGUUGGACAUAUAAUCACCUGCAAUAUCUCAGAAAAAAAUCCCCACCUAAAAUAAAUGCUCUGCU